UUGUUGCAGGUUAACAUUAUUAGGUUAGAUAAAAACUGUUUUGAAAAAGAAACUUUACAUUCUGCACAAGAAAACUGAGUUUUAAAGCCAACAACAUUAAUCUGUAAAAGAUCUGCACCAAAUAUAUAAAGCAAGUUUGCAAGAUUGUUUAAGAGAUAUUUCCACCAGCCAUGAUUACUCCUCUUGAUAUUUUAUCGUUGGAAACUUGGAUUUUAAUCCUGACUUCAUUCAUUCUUGUCAGAAUAUACAUCCAUAAGAAAUGGCAAGUUUUAAAAAACAUAAAUAUUCCCCAUGACCCCCCUACUAUACUCGGGGUAGGAAAUAUGAUGGGUAUUAUAAAGGACCCCAACCAGAUGUUCCUGUCCUAUUUCAAAAUGAAGAAAAAAUACGGUUUAGUUUAUGGCGCAUACAGUUGGCUUACACCCUCCAUAACGAUAGCUGAUCCAGAAAUUUUGAAACAAAUCUUUAUUAAAGAGUUUUCUACAUUCCCCGACAGGCAGAAAGCUCUGCUUGAUGUUAAUGGUAAAGAAAUGAACACUGCGUUGACAAGUGUAACUGGAAGUCAAUGGAAAAGAAUAAGGAACACUCUCUCUCCCACAUUCUCAUCAUCAAAGUUGAAAGAAAUGUUUGGUAUAGUUGAAGAUUGUGCCGAUAGUUUUGUUCAAAACAUUGGAACCAUAAACUCAGAUGGUGACGGAAGAUUUGACGUUUCAUUAGCAUUUGGACGACUAACGUUGGAUGGGAUUUGUUCUUCAGCAUUCGGUGUCAAAGUUGACUCCCAGGCAGCAAAUAAUGGUAAAGAGUCCCAAGUGGCAAAAAUGGCUCGCGAGUUUCUUGCAAUUGAAAUAUUUAAGAACCCGAUGGUGUUUGUGUUUUUGGUGUUCCCUUGGUUGGGAAAGGUUGCUAAAUUGUUUGAUUACUCCGUAUUUCCCAAAAAAUACAUUAUCUAUUUUUCAAAACUUAUUGAUUCUGUUGUUGAAACUAAGAAGAAGAAAAAACAGAGAACAGACAUCUUGCAAACAAUGAUUGAUUCUCAAAUAACAGAAGAAGAUGUAAAGAAUGGAGCAGUGAAAGGAGUUACAAGGACUGAAAUGAAGGGAAAUGCUCUUAUCACUUUGAUAGCAGCUUAUGAAACAACAUCUAACGCCAUGGUGUUCCUUGCAUAUAACCUGGCUGUGUAUAAAGAUGCACAACACAAAUGCAGGGAAGAGAUUAAACAAGUCAUUGCUGAACAUGGUGGAUUGACUUAUGAAGCUGUGCAGGAUUUGAAAUAUAUGACUCAGUGUCUCAAUGAAUCUAUGAGGCUUUAUUCGCUUGUACCUGCAAAUGGAAGAUACUGUGUACGGGACAUUACCAUAAAUGGGGUGACCAUUCCUAAAGGGACACUCGUAAAUAUCCCAGUGUUUGGAAUGGGAAGAGAUGAAGAGUUUUGGAAUGACCCUUUGACUUUUAACCCAGAUAGAAUGUUGGACAUGAAUGAGAUUGAUCCAAUGAUAUUUCAGCCAUUCGGUGCUGGUCCACGUAACUGUAUUGGAAUGAGAUUUGCACUUCUUGAAAUUAAAAUCACUUUCGCAAAACUUCUGCAGAAAUUUUAUCUCGAUGUAUGUGAAGAUACCCCUGCACCCCCUUUAGAAGUUACUUUCAAAUCUGGAAUGAGACCAAAAGAAAUUAUUCAUUUGAAAGUUACAGCAGUAGAAUAACUUGCACUUAAUGGUGUCAUUACUGUUGUAUUAUCUUGUAAUCGCAUAUGUAGCUUUAUAGCUUUGUAGAUUAUUUGUGGUGAUUAUAUUUUAUAAUCCCAGCAUAUUUUACCCAUCGUUUGCUCGAUAAUUCUCUCUUUGUUGUUUUAAUUCAUAUGAUCUUUGCAAUCGAGCAAUAAGUAAAAUCAUGUAAUGACAUGCAUAAGAUAAAUAAGAAGUCAUUAGUUUGAUCAAUCCUUGUCACUCCUAAUUUCAUAUUUUAGCUGUGAAUUCAUGACCAGUUUAGCUUCCCUGCAUUUGACCUAUGGGUUAUUCUGUAUAUCUAUAAAAAUUAACUUUUUUUGGUGACAUUUUAUUUGUUUUUUUAAACUGCUAUAUAUUCUUUAGUAUUGCAUUUGAAAAAGUGAAUUUUGUUAUUUUAACAUUUUACUAAAAUGCUUUUGGAAAAAAUUCUUCCAUUCUUAUGUGUUUGGGAAAAAUUUUGUGUUUAUUAGUUUAAAAUCUGCAAUAAAUGUCAAUUUUAACCCGAAUAUUACUUUCA